AUGGCAACAAAAACCAUUCAAUUUAAUAUUGAUGAGGUAGAUAUGGAGCUGUUUAUCAGUGAAGUUAAACUUCAUCCCGAAAUAUGGAACAUAGCUGACAAUAAUUACCACGAUCGAACUAAAAAAAGAGGAGCGUGGAUUGAAAUUUGUAGAGUGUUUUGUGAAGGAUUCGACGAAAAGGAUGAACGGGAUAAAAAUGAUAUAUGUACCUCUUGUAUAAAAAAAUGGCGAAAUGUCAAGGACAACUUUAAAAAAAGUUUAAACAAAACAAAAUCUGGACAGGCAGCUGGAUCAGGAAGAAAAUACAUUUAUGCCCGACAAUUAUCGUUCUUACAAACUGCAGGUGCUACUACGGAAACACAAUCCAGCUUUGGUAACGACGAAAUAGAGGAAGAGCUAACCCAGCCAGAGGAACCGGAACAACCUCCUCCCUACAACCUGCAGCGUUCUACGAACAAACGCAAAUUGGAUAUAGAGACCUCCUUAAUUGAUUUUAUGAACACUCCAAUUCCUACUCCAACUGCUCCAGUCAUUCAAGAACUUAAUCCAGACCGUUCAUUAUUCGAAAGUAUUCUACCAUCUAUAUCUGAUUUUACCGAAGACCAGAAACUAGACUUUCGCUGUGAAGUACUCAAUAUUAUUAAACGUAUGAGAAAACCUCCACAGAGUAUACCUCAAUAUCAUACAUCUGUACCUUUUACUGAAACAUCGGCUAUAUCCAAACAAUAUGCACAACUCCCAAAUGUUCAACAACAUCCUUCAUAUACACGGUUGCCACAAGUUCGCCCUUCUGAAAAUAUUAUAUAUUCAAGACAAUUUGUUCCACCUUCAAUCAUUUCUCUCACCCCGUCUACAUACAGUGACGAAAAUAGUAUGGAUUUAUUCAGUAAUGAAACUUUAUAA